AUGGGUUCUCUAGACCAAGACCAAGUCUAUGACUUUAUCAUCUGCGGGCAAGUAUUGACCAAGCAGGGCAAGGCGGCACCUCGGGCUGUGUCAUUGCCGGUAGGCUUGCCGAGAGCCCAAAUAGCCCGCCAGCUCUUCGACCUGGAAACAGACUGGAACGUCACCAGCCAGCCCAACCCCGGGGCCGACGACCGCACCGUCAAGCUCACGCGCGGCAAGUUCCUGGGCGGCUGCUCCGGGUGCAACGCGACGCUCUGCAUCCGCGGGUCGCGGCAGGACUUUGACGACUGGGGCGUCGAGGGCUGGAGCGGCGACGAGGUGUUUGCCUACAUGCGCAAGGCGGAACGCUUCCACGGCCGGGACUGGUUCCGGGCCUGCGAGGCCGAGCACGGCACCGACGGCCUGCUCGACGUGGAGCCCUACGACCUGGCGCCCAUCUCGGACCUGCUGCUCGAGUCCUUUGUCGACAAGGGCCUGCCGCUGGACCACGACUUGUUUACCCACGGCCGCAACCCCCACGGCUGCGGCCACGCGCCCAGGAGCGUGCACAAUGGUGUGCGCUCCACCGCUGCGAGGUUUGUCGCCGACAAGGCGCGCGCGAGGAGCGGCGUCGACAUCAUGACCGAGACUCUUGUCGACAAGGUUGUUGUCGAGAGGGUGGGUGGGGAGCUCAGGGCGACGGGGGUGCGGUUGGUCAAGGCAGACGGGUCUGUGGUGCAUGUCAAAGCCGGCAAGGAGGUUAUCGUCAGUGGGGGUUCGUACUGCAGUCCCAACAUACUGAACCGUUCUGGGAUCGGCGCAAAGGACGAGCUGGACAAGUUUGGCAUCGAGACGCUGGUGGACCUUGCAGGGGUUGGCAAGAACUUGAUGGACCAUCUGAUCGCUUUCAUCGUCUACGAAACCGAGCACCAAGGCCUGACCGUCGACAAGGACCUCUUCCACGACGACGGCCUCGCCAGGUCCUACGCGCUGUGGAAGGACCACAAGGCCGGCGUGCUCGCGGGCUUCCCCUUUGGCUGCGUGGCCUUUGCGCGCCUCGACUCGCGCCUCUCCGACUCUGCGGUAUGGAACGCCGCGCCGCGCCAGCCCGGCCGCGACCCCAUGGGCCUGACGCCGCGCCAGCCCAACGUCGAGCUCAUGACCAUCCAGUGCUACGGCGGGCCCAAGAGCUUCACCGACUUUCCCGUCGGCGGCAGCCACACCUUUUGCCUCGUGCCCGAGCUGUUUUCGCCCCGGUCGCGCGGCUCCGUGGCGCUGCGCAGCGCGGACCCCCGCGACGUCCCGCUCGUCGAUACCAACUACCUGGCUGAUCCGCUCGACGUCGAGGUCAUGGCCGAGGCGUGCAGGUUCGCCAACGAGAUCGUCGUCGACGGCAAGGGGACCAGGGACGUCGUCAAGGGGUCGUGGCCCCGGGAGCUGAUCCAUCACAGGUACACGACCAGAGAGGACUGGAUUCCGUUUGUCAAGAAGAAUGCGACAACCUGCUACCACCCAGCCGGCACCUGUGCCAUGGGCAAGACAGACGACCCCAAGACUGUCGUCGACGCCAAGCUCAGGGUCAAGGGCGUCAAUGGUCUGCGCGUGGCCGACUGCAGCAUCAUGCCCACCCUCAACGGAGGACACACCCAGAUGCCGGCCUACGCCAUUGGUGAAAAGGCGGCCGACCUCAUCAAGGAGGCAUGGGGUCUCAAGUAGGGAUCGACUUGGGGAGUAAGCUGUCUAGACAAGCAGUAGCGUUAAUCUGUUUCAUCUCAUUCGCAUGACGCACAUCAUUUGUUGCCCGUAUUCGA